AUGAACCAAUUAGGGAUCAACUUCAUUCUUAUAUCAUCUGAUAGCAAUGUUAAUGCCACAAAUACAAAGCUCAAAGACUCUCAGUCCACCUUGUUUUUCAUCCUGUCUUCGAAUGCAACUCUGCAAAAUAUAAGCUUUGAGAAUGUAACAGCUCCAUCCUCUCUCAUAGAGGUGCAGGAUGGUGGUCAGUUUGUGAUAAAUAAUCUUUCAUUACUACAAUCCUUUGCAGAUCAACAAAUAUUGCUUCUUGAAAAUACAAACAUGAUAUCUCUGGUGUCAAUAGAAAUGUCUAAUUUAGAGAGCUCUCUCUUUAAAGCUUUGAAAUCCAACUUUGAAUUAAUUAAAAAUGUUGCAAUCAUAAAUAGCACAGGCAGCACAGAAAUUUUCGAUUCAAUUAUUUCUAAUAUGACAAACUGCACUUUUAGAAAUAAUGGCAGUCCAUUCACAAGUAUAGGUGGAGCAAUCCAGUUGGCCGAUACCAUUAUGGUAAUAAACAAUUCUACUUUUAUUGCAAACCAAGCUGGCAAAGGAGGUGCUAUUGGAUUUGAGUGUUCAUCCAGACAAAAAUGUAGACUUGAUAUUUCUGGUUCAAAUUUUUCUAAUAAUAUCGGACUUCAAGAAGGAGGGGCUAUUUAUUAUAACUAUCAACCUCCAACAAUGCAUCAGACUAUAUUUUCCAAUAACUCAGCUUCAUAUGGUCCAAAUUUGGCGAGUUAUCCUUAUAGAAUCGGCUUGAAGAACAGUACUACUUUAGAACCGAUAUUGCUACAGAACAUAGGCUCUGGUAUCACCCUUGAAGAUGCAUUAGAACUAGCGCUUUAUGAUUACAACAAUCAAGUUAUGAGCCUAGAUAGCACAAGUCAGUUUAUUAUCACAGCCGUUUCUGAAAGUAAUGGAACUAUCAAGGGAACCAAUACUGGUAUAUUAAACAAUGGAACAGUUAUCUUCGAUAGUAUAUAUUUUAUUGAAAAACCAGGAACUAGUUCUGUCAAAUUUAGAGUCUCCUCAAAGACAUUAAAUACUAACAAGAUAUCUGAUAUUUAUAACAGAGUAUCUCCAGAUACAGAAAUUAUUGUAAACUUCAGAGACUGAAAGCCUGGAGAGCAACAUCUUGGAGAUCAGUGAUCCUCUUGAUCGACAGGGACAUACUCCUUACAGUGGAACUCUAAAAUAUGAGACAAAUGAAUGAACAAUGCUAUUUGUAUAGGGAAACAAGAAAUCAAAGUAAGUCCAGAGUACUGGAGGAGGACAUCCAAUUCCACACAAAUUGUCCAAUGCCUAAAUAAAGAAGCGUGACAAGGAGGCUAUGUUGAGAAGUCUGAGUCUCCAACUCAGUGAAAAACAGGCUACGAAGGUCCAAUGUGAUCCAAAUGUAGUAUAAUAGGUGAUGAUAAGUAUGAGAGGAAAAAUGAAUUUGGAUGUAUAAAAUGCCCAACUCCUUUCAUUAACGCUCUUAGAAUUGCAGGCCUAUUCUUCUUGAUCUUCUGUUAUUUUAUGACUCUAGUUGUGUUAAAUAUUAGACAGACUGAAGAGAGUCAAGUAUCAGUCUUGCUGAGAAUUCUCACGAACUACAUGCAGCUAAUCACUACAUCAAUGUCGCUGACUCUGAGUUAUCCAAACUUCCUGGAUUCGAUUACUGACCCUCUGAGACGAUUGGGAGGCUCCUCUGAUACUCUCUUGUCCUUCGACUGAUUUAUUACAGAUUAUGAAAUCAAGGGUUCUUUUGAAUCGAAUGAAGUUUUCAAGUUGUUCUUAAUGAUAUUUCUGCCAGUUGCAUUAUUUGCAUUUAUAGCAGCUUUAUGGGUAGUGAUGCGACUCUUCAGCAAGAAGCUUGUUCCUAAUUUGACAAGAAAUCUAGUUAUCUCAUUCAUCAGUAUUGUUUUCCUUCUUCAUCCAAGACUCACACAAACAAGUAUCAAUACAUGGAGAUGAGUCAAUGUUGAUGCUGGAGUUGAUCUGGCACGAUUUGACAUGAACAUCGAAUGAUACUCAUCAUCGCACCUCAAAUAUUGUCUCUUGAUUGCUCUUCCAAUCCUAAUAAUCUGGGUGAUCUCAAUGCCUGCCAUUGCAUUCAUAUUGCUGUUCAAGACGAGGAAAUCAGGGAAAGAAAACAAGAUCAAGCAAUAUUUCUUGAUUCUGUACCAAGGGCUUACUCCUGAAUGUAUCUACUGGGAGUUUGUGAAUACUAUCAGGAAAGGAAUAGUGCUGACCUGUCUGCUCCUUCCAGAAACAGGAAGAAUUGCUUUAGCUUCAAUUACUUUGGUAGCCUCAGGGAGAAUUCAGAUGAGUUUGAAGCCAUACAAGAGGGACAGUAAUAAUCAAGUAGAGUUCUUAGCAAUCAUGGCUGGAGCGGUGACUAUUCUGACUGGUGCCGUCUUCUUUGAGAAGAAACCUGUUGAGCCCUUAGAUACAUUUGCCUUGCUAAUUGUUUGAUUUGUCAAUGCUGCUUUUAUACUAAACUGGACAUAUCUACUCACUCAGGAGUUUGAAGAAAAGUCCAAGUUUGCUAAGAUAAUAACAAAAAUAAUUGGAUGCAUUAUCUGCAAAAAUAUGCACUUAAAAUAUCAAUCAUCCUCUUCUUCACCACCCAAAGUAUCUCCUCCACCCAACCCAUCUCCUCCACUCCAAAUCCAAAACUCCUCCAAAUCAGAUCUCUCCAUCCCUUCUCUCCCUCGCCAAAGAACCCCUAAACGCCUCUACAAACCUUCUCACAACCGCAAGCGCAAGGCCGAAGCCAUGCUCAAAACCACCACCGCCCUCCCUCCCCUCCGCUCCAAAGAAAGCCCUCUUAAUUCCCCCAUACUGUUCCCCUCCACCAUAAUCAGACCCCUCAAAGCCCACCUCCCCUCAGCAUCCAUCGAUCACUCUGAUAACUAAAUUAUCCCAAUUCCAGUCCACCCAGACCAUAAAUUACCUAUCACAGAACCUCUCUCAGGGUACUUUACUCUACUUCUGUUAGCUUAGGCCCUUCCUCUAAUAAAUAUGGGUUAUUUGUAUUUUCCUUGUUGGGGUAAAUUAGGAUUUGGGGGUUUAAGUGUAGAGUUGUUGUCUUCGGAUGUUAGGUGGGGAAUGCAGGUGGUAGGGGGAGUGGAGGGAUGGGGGAGUGGGAGGGAUUGGAGGAGUGGGGGGUGGAGUAGGAGGAAGGAGAUGUCUGAGAAGCUGAUUGGAGGAAUAUUGAUUGAAGGAUUUAGAUGUUUUGAGUUAAAUUG